GAAAUCGCGGCGUCUGUCCAAUGUGAUUUUGAAAUAAAAACAAGUUAACAGCAUAGCGCGAUGAACGCAAACAAACGGAGAAGUUCGUUGCGCAAGGCGCCGACCAAAGAAGAUGAGACGACCACAACAUCCGCGAUCAAACAACAAAUCAAGCGACGCAUCAGUUUCAGUGGCAAGAAAUCCGUCAGGGAAUUUGUCAACACCAAGGAGACCAACAACUGGGACGACUCAUACGAGGUGUCGGAAAACCAUGCUGAGGACAGCUCGGGAUCGAAAUGCUUAAUAGGAUCAACUUCAGUUGCAAAGGUUCCCGAAGCUGCCGACAAGGAGAACAUUCCCUUGCGCAGCGUUUGUGAGCGGGAGCGUGUCGACCUGUCCGUGAAUCUUCAGAACAGCGUUGAUUUCACGCUGUUGUCUUGCGAAAUGAUGGACAAAUCCAGGAAGACCACCUCCUCCGCUGUGUCCUUUUGCUUGUCCUCCGAGGAGCGAAAACUGUUGCAAAUCAGUCUCAGCGACCGGCAGUUGGGGGACAAGACCAUGGAUCUGAUGUCCGGAUCUCUCGUAAACCGCAUUCAAAUCCCGCCAAGCGUUUGUGAGGAAUCCUCCUUCAAAUUGCCACCAAAAGAGAGAGAAAAGGGGGUACACACGCCAGCGGUCAAGGCUGUGAGUGACUCCUUCAUGGACAUCACGCCAUUGGGAUUUACUGAUCCUACUCCUUCUGCUCCUGCUCAUGCUGCUCCCGCUCCGGUUUCCGCUCCAGCUCCUGUUACAACUCUGUAUCCUCCAGCUCAGCAAAGUUCAAUGGAGCUGGAAGACGACAGCAUUGUGAGGGAGAUGCGCGAGUUUACCAAAAACCAGACAAAAACACCGGCGCAGAAAUCGCUUUUCAUAGAUAUAGAGGAAACCAAGAAUGAAAAAAAUGGAGCAACUGGAGGUGUAUUACUCCCAUUGAAUGCAGUUUCCAAUGACCGAGAUCGUUCGCCAUCAAACUCAUUCGAGAGCCUCAACAGCACCAUGAACUUUACGAGAGAUGAGUCCAUGCUGAUACCAUUCGACAUGAUUUCGGGGAAAAACAUAAGCAAAAAACUCAAUUUCCGUCAACUCAACGAAGACCUAGAGGCGGGUAAGAUCCAGAUAUUUCCAAAUGGGCCAAAAACGCCGACAACGGAUCGCAAGGACAAGAAAAAUAGAUUUUGGCGUGGCCUGGAAGAGGAAGCACCAGACGAUAGAAGUCCAAAGAAGGAUAUAAGGAGCAUAAUGCCACGAGGAGCGUUAAAUUUCAGUGAGAACAUGACCUUGUCGCCGACGAAAACAAGUCCAGUUCGAAAGGACAACGAGCAACUGAAGGUGGUGGAUGAGAAGCAAAAGUAUCGACUGUCCCAGGCGGAUGAGAUGAUGCUUGACAAUACCAACUUCUUGGCUCAUGCCAGAUUGGGCGACGAAACCCAGUCGAGAAAUACGUCGAAGAACUCGACGAGGAGGGAGACCACUUACGAAAACCCGGAGUUGAAUUUGGAAUAUCCUACGCUAAGUCAGGACUUUCAACCGAUUCCGAGUUCCAAGCCUCGUAAAACUGAUUUUGUGGCUGAAGUAAUGCAGAUGAGUCAGAUAGAUUAUCCUGCUAUUCCUGAAUUGAAAACUGUUCCCACACGACGCACCGUGCAUCUAAAUGAAUCCAUGGAUCAUGAAGCUACGAAGUCUACGUACGUGAGGAAGGAGAUUUCGGUUACCACGCAGGAGACUAUCUACGAAAAAUCCACAACCAACGAGCAGAACACCAACCAAAAACACACCGGUUGGGCCUUCACUAAAACCAAACGCAGGGAGACGCUUUUGAUGCAGGAAAGCAUGGAGGAGGACAUCAUUAGUCCUCUCAAGGAUUUACAUAUAAAGCACAACGCGGCUCCCCGAGAAACACGUCAAUCCGAAGUGGACCAUACACUUUAUUUAGCAGAAGCACUGGAAGAAACGUUAAACCAAAGUAAAAUGUUACCUAUUAAAAAUGUUUCCCCUAGAAAUAACGACAUCAAAGCGAGGAAAACCCUGCUAUUAGAGGAACCCAUGGAAGAGGAAAUGAGUAGUAAAAUUGUUCACAAUUCCAAAAGAAAGACUUUGCACUUAGCGGAACCUCUGGAUGAGGAGGAAGUCAUUUCAGACAAGCACUUAUCAUUCAAAGAUUUCGCGCAUCAAAAAAACAAAUCCAAGGGUCGGCAAACUGUUUUGUUAGAAGAGCCCAUGGAAGAGGAACUAUUUCGAAAUCAGAAAAAUCCACCAGAAUUUGAUUUGAAAAGAAACAAGACAGGACCUCUGGAAUACAGUCAACUAAACCAAGGCAAAAGUUUCACUUCGAAAAACAAAUCCAAAGCUAGACAAACUCUCCUGGUCGAAGAACCAAUGGAGGAGGACUCCGAAUGUAACAGUAAAGAUCCACAAACUUAUAAUAAUAGCAAACCUGGAGAGGACGACAUAAAUAAGAUCACCAAGUCCAGACAAACUAUUCGUAUGUCAGAACCUUUGGAGGAGGAUAUGUGUCUUCCAAUGCUAAAGAAUAAGUCAAUAGUGUCCCAAAAAGCAAUAGAUGAAUCAUCUAAGAAGCAGCGACCAAAAUCGAGGCAUACUCAAUUAUUCUCUGAGUCCAUUGAAGAAGAACGUAUUCAGGAGGACCUGCCAGCUGGAAGGGAGACUGGAUCAGCUAGACAACAAAGAUUCAAGCCAAGGCAAACGCUCAUCAUGGCAGAUCCCAUUGAAGAAGAUGUUGGAGAGCCGGGAGUUAAGUCACUUGUGAAUAUGGUGCAUAGUAACACCACAAAUUCGUCGACUUCCAAAGCAAGACACACUCUUCUGAUGUCCGAACCAAUUGAACAUGAACUAACUAACGAACCAUUCAACGAUGAGAAAAUCAAGAAGAACCUGUCAGCUGGAAGGGAGACUGGAUCAGCUAGACAACAAAGAUUCAAGCCAAGGCAAACGCUUAUCAUGGCAGAACCCAUUGAAGAAGAUGUUGGAGAGCCGGGAGUUAAGUCACUUGUGAAUAUGGUGCAUAGUAACACCACAAAUUCGUCGACUUCCAAAGCAAGACACACUCUUCUGAUGUCCGAACCAAUUGAACAUGAACUAACUAACGAACCAUUCAACGAUGAGAAAAUCAAGAAGAACCUGUCAGCUGGAAGGGAGACUGGAUCAGCUAGACAACAAAGAUUCAAGCCAAGGCAAACGCUUAUCAUGGCAGAACCCAUUGAAGAAGAUGUUGGAGAGCCGGGAGUUAAUUCACUUGCGAAUGUGGUGCAUAGCAACACCACAGGUUCUUCGACUUCCAAAGCAAGACACACUCUUCUGAUGUCCGAACCAAUUGAAGAAGUACUAACUAACGACCCGCUCAACGAAGAGAAGAGAAAGAAUAUCAGCACCAAUAGGACCCUAAUACCGAGGCGGACCAUUCUGAUGGCGGAACCGAUAGAAGAAGAGAGUAAUACGUCUAUCGCUGACAAAAUCAGUCAAUCUCAUUAUAAAUCUAACCGCACGGGAUUUAAGAAAGAAUCUUUUGACGAAAUGGUAUUCGAAAACCCUCGCCAGCCAACCAAACCGCGUCAAACUCUGCUGAUGGCAGAGCCUAUAGAGGAAGAUGUGUUCAAUCAGUCAAAGGAUCAGCCGAAGCCACAUACUGUUCCUAAAGGUAAGAUCACUCGGGAGCACUCAAGACGCCACACGCUGAUAAAUGCUGAACCCAUUGAAGAGGAUUUGGACGUACGUAAACCGCUGGAAAAUUCUAAGGAGUUAUCUGUGACUGCCAGAAUUAUUCAAUCAUUCGCGGAACCCAUUGAAAAUGCUAUUUUUUCUAUUACUGAUCAAAUAGCUAAACAUCAAUUUUCCGAGUCGGCUCAAACUCUUUCUAAGGCAGAGCGUUUAAAAAAAGAUUCGGAACCCGCAAACCACCUCCACCAGAAGCCGAGAAACACCCUUAUCUCGCAUGAUUCUAUUCAGGAGGAUUUGAGAGCCGAAGACGAAAGCUCUUCAGUUGGACCUCUGAGAUCUAGAUGCAGACAGACUCUUACCCUGGCAGAGCCCAUCGAAGAAGAUAUGAGUAUCCAUAGUAUGACCAAGCAAAAUAACACCAAUGAAUCACAAUUGGAAACUAUAAAUGUACCAAAGUUUGGUGGAUUGAGGAAUACAGGUGCCAAAACAAGACAAACCUUUCAUAUACCGGUGCCCAUUGAGGAGGAUUAUAUUCCACACCCACAGCAUAAUGAAUCUAAAACGGUGGUCAAGGGCAGAACUACGCUGCUUUUGUCCGAGUCCAUAGCAGAUGUAUCCGCUCAACAUACUGGAAAUUCGGAAAUGAAAUCAAUGGGUUCAAAGGUUUCAGCGGAGCCCAUCACGGAGGAUUUGGUCUCCAAAGGGCCACAGCUGUCACAAGCCGUGGAGGUGACUUUACCCAGAGAGAGCCUGGUUUCCGUGGCUCCGUCAUCCAGAAGACGUACAGUACUGUUAUCAGAACCCAUGGAAGAGGAUGAGGGGAGUUUUGGUGAUAGCUACCCCCCAAUUGAACGACAAGUUUCUAAAAAAUCAGAAAAACCAGAAGUAAAUAUUAAUUCACCCAACGAGUCCGUUCAAAAGGAAGAGAUGGGCACUUCUCCCAGUGCUAGGACCCAUCAAUCCAUGGCUAUGUCUGAAUCAAUGGACUUCCAAAGUCCGGCAUUCAGGUCGAGGGGUCCGGACUUCAACGCAAUGACGCCGGGAAUGUCGUUGACUGAAUUUAUGGAUCAGGAGGAGAUAUGCAAAACCCCGAUUCACAAAAGAGUGCUCAUGACUUCUCAUCGCAAAAAAUUGUCCAUGUACCAACCAGUUCCGAUAGAUCUUGAGGGAGAUGGCACUCCGAAAAAUCCCUGUCAACUAAAGCGCCUACCCACGCAUCUCACGCCAAAUCUUCCAGAGUCCAAGAAGCGACACACACAUUUAUUUACGAAUAGCAACAUUGAUACAGAAAUGGAGGACGAUCAGGAUGGUGCUUGGGGAACGACAAACAUUCAGAUGAAUUCACGGGCAAAUAAAUCACGCAGGACCUUUACAGUGGAGCAGUUGGAUGCGUCGGUGCAGCCAGUAAGGGACUAUAAUCCUGUUGUUACUGAAUUGGACAGACAGGGCGGUCUUGAUUUGCUGGUGCUGCCGCGAAAAUCAGCGUAUGACUUGGAUCUAGAGGAGAAACCCAUAACAAUCUCCGAUGUGCACAAUUACUUCCAGGAGCAAAAGGAGGAGCAGCGCAAGUCUAGCGAUAGGGAGAGCGGCAGCUCCAACGAUAGAACCUUCAAGAGCUACGCCGCAACGAACUCAAAAUUCAUUAACCUGACCGGGAACACCACAAUAUUUGCAGCCGCAGGAGUUUUGGGUGGCGACGAUAAGGAGCAGCCCCACCAGAUAGACAACGAGCAGCUAAGUCUGGUUUCCACGCUGGCGGAGGAAACAGACGAUGAUGACGAGGAGGACGAGGAGCAAGAACAAGACAAGCUUCACUUAAAAUCUGAAAUCUGCGAAGGUCAGCUUAAUGCAAUGGUAAAAGCUGGCAGCGAAGGCUCCUGCAGAAAGUGCGCGAAUUGCAAUCAAACUUUAAGCGAAACGAGGUUUAGUAGCGAUUCAUUUAUCCUGCCACCCCAGAAAUUGUGGGACUUUUCAAAGCAACAGCAACGGCUGCGCAAUAUAAGACAGAAGCCGUCUUGGAAGGAUGUGAACAGUUACUGGGAGAUCGAGGAGGAGGCUCGGCUGUCCAGGAACCAGGACUCUGACGAUUCAAUGGAGCAGACCAGGGUGGAGGAGGAGCCAACCAAGUGGAACAAAGCGGCGCUUCUAGAAAUGUGCAAGAUACAAACUGGACAACAUAAGGCCAAAGCCAAACCCCCGGAAUCUUUCUUUACACGGCUCAAACGCUUGCUGGUCGAACAGCAGCCCAACUGGAUAUUCGACUACCAACGUAAAGUGUCCCAGCAAUUGAUAUUUUACCACCGCCAGCUGACCACGUUCCGAAUCGUGGUAAACUACCGAAUUGAAGACUUGGUGGAUGAGUCGACCAUUAGCGUGUGUUCCAUUGAAUUAGACAAUGAGGUGCCCACUCCAAAGGAACAAUGGUCAACGCGUGAACACUUUUUAAACUUCCACUUAAGUCUCAGGCUGCCCCUGAAUCCUGCAGACGAGAUCGAUGGCAGUGAUGAGGGAGCUUUUUUAAAAUUUCUCAACGGCAUUGAUCGGAGAAUUGCAGAUGUCAAGCAAAAGUUUCACAACGUUUUAGCCCUUCUAGCACAGAAAAGGGCGAUGCUUGUAAGAGAAGCAAAUCGAACUAUUGUCAGAAAGAUAGUACGAAAAUGCAUCGAGCAGGAACCCGUUGUGCGUCUCGAGAAGAUCAGUUUCCUUAUCGAAAUUGGCAAUAUUGAAGACACUUCCUUCACGGACAUCCUACGCCCUGAACUGCAUCUCUUCAAUGAAAACAUUCAGUAUCUGCCCAAGGGAAUUCCCUUUCUGGAGGCCUUUCUUACCGAUCCCGAGCAGUACCUUAGGAAAUAAAUCUGUAUAUUAGAGUAUAAAAUAAAUAUUGUA